CGUGUUGUCGCCUUGUGUACUUCCGGGAGCCGCACAUGGAAACAACCCAAGGGGAGUGGAGCAGGUGUUGGAUGGUGAAGACGAGGUGAUGGAGGCCGUCUCAAGUAAAGUAGCAGAUAGUGAGGGAGUCCGGAGAGAAGAAUUAAGUAAACAGAUAAAAGAACAAAUUGUUGUCAUCGAUGAGCUCUCCAACCUUAAGAAAAAUCGGAGAGUUUACAAGCAACAGCCCAACAGCAAUGUAUUUUUCUUAGCAGAUCAAACCCAGACUCUGAGUGAAUGUAAAUGUGCUCUUGAUGAGAUGAAGAAAGAAUACCAGGAAUUAGAAAAUGCUGAAAAAAUUACCAAAUAACUAACAGCAAGAUCAACAUUUGUUAUUGAUUGAAAUUGCUGAGUAAAUUGAAACGCACACAAAAUGUGUGGUAUUUGUUGUAUGUUAGUUCUAGCCCCUCAGGAAGGUGUUUCUAGUACUUUGGGAAAAGAUACGCUUGAAAGCCUACAACGGAGAGGACCUAACUGCAGUCAACAGUUAUCCAAGGAAGUGCCUGAACUGGGCUAUAAUAUAUUUUUCUCUGGUCAUGUGCUUCAUAUGAGAGGGUGCCUAAAGCCACAACCCCUGCAGGACACUCAGGGAAACCUUCUCCUUUGGAAUGGAGAGGUUUUUGGAGGAAUUGAAAUUGGCCCCGAAGGCAAUGACACUCAGAUCAUUCUUCAACAUUUGUCUUCAUGUAAGAAUGAAGAAUCCAUUCUGUCUGUCUUUUCUGCUAUUCAAGGACCUUGGACGUUUAUAUACUACCAAGCAUUCAGUCACUGCUUGUGGUUUGGUCGAGACUUUUUUGGUCGGCGUAGUUUACUGUGGCAGUUUAAGAAUGCUGGAAAUCUCUGUCUUACUCUUACAUCGGUGAGUCUGAGUCAGUCUGUUUCCAAGUGUGGAAAUAUUCCUUGGCAGGAAGUACCAGCAUGUGGACUUUACAAAAUUGACCUCCAGAAAAACACCAGUGGCAAUUCAUUGGCAAUAUCAUGGUAUCCGUGGAAAUAUAGGUCCAUUGAAUAUGAAUUCAAGACUUUACAUUUAGGUGAAGAAGUUCAGUUUAUUGAAGAACUACCUAGUUUUGUUUCUGUAUUUUUGAAUGGAUCAAAACUUUUCCCUAUAGCACCCAUUACUCCAAUGAAUUACAGUGUGUGUGAGACAUGUGUCGCUGCAGAUAGUGAAGCAUCUUCAGUAAAUGUUGAGAGUUUUCUUUCGGAUGAAAAGAAGAAGAAAUUAGUUCUUCAGUUCAUUAAUGUUUUGAGUGAAUCUGUUAGACGGCGAGUGCUUUUCUUACCAAGAUGUCAAAUUCACCCCUCAUCCCAGUUCACAAUUUCUAAUAAAGCAAACGUUGCUAUUCUGUUUUCUGGCGGUGUUGAUUCUAUGGUUCUCGCAGCCUUGGCUGACCAUCAUAUUCCACAAGAUGAACCUAUUGAUCUAUUGAAUGUAGCCUUUAAGCAGCGGAAGACCUCAACAAAGCAAAAGAAGAAAAGCAAUGCUGCCAGGGCACCUGAAGAGGAAACUCUACAAGAGGACAAUAGUAGUCUUAAAGAGACAACUAGUUUUAAUGUGCCUGACCGGAUCACUGGACUGUCAGGUUUAAAAGAAUUACAAAUUAUAAACCCUGCCAGAAAUUGGAAUUUUGUAGAAAUCAAUAUCACAUUAGAAGAGCUGAAUGAAAUGAGACAACAGCGGAUUAGUCAUUUGGUGCGACCUUUGGACACAGUACUGGAUGACAGCAUUGGCUGUGCUGUGUGGUUUGCUGCAAGAGGUAUUGGUACCAGGAUAAGUAAUGGAGAAAUCCAACCAUAUAUAAGCUGUGCAAAGGUGGUAUUGACUGGGAUUGGAGCUGAUGAACAACUUGCAGGUUAUUCUCGUCACCGUGUCUGCUACAAAACAUCAGGUUUUGAAGGCCUAGUCAAAGAACUGGGGAUGGAACUUGGACGCAUUUCCUCACGUAAUCUUGGGAGAGAUGACCGAGUCAUUGGAGACCAUGGAAAAGAAGCAAGAUUUCCCUUUUUGGAUGAAGCAGUUGUUUCUUUUCUGAAUUCACUUCCUGUGUGGGAGAAAGCAGACUUGACUCUGCCUCGAGGGAUUGGCGAAAAAUUGCUUCUACGAAUGGCUGCAAAAGAACUUGGACUUACAGCAUCUGCUGUUCUCCCAAAGAGAGCCAUGCAGUUUGGGUCUCGAAUUGCAAAGAUGGAAAACCACAAAGAAAAGGCUUCUGAUAAAUGUAACAGGCUGUCGCAAAGCUCGAUAGAUUAGUCAUUGUGCUGUACUUUGCUUUCCCUGAAACUGGCACUGAAAAAUAAUCAGCUGCCAUAUUAAUGCCAAAACUUAAACCAAUCAAAAUACAACUGCAGGGGGUGUUCUGUUAGCCUGUUUUUAUACGAUGUAUGUAAUUAUGCAAUUAAAUGAGUACUGUAUAUUGCUGAA